CGCAGCUGCAGGUAUGAGCCAGUCCCGGUUCUAAACCAGCCAGGAUACACCGGACCGGUCAGGCUGCCAGCCGCGGACAGGUGCAACUCGUGCGUUUGUUGUUCCGCCUCACGUGGAGCUGCUUGGAUGAAUUUGUGUUGGAGGGUGAACGAUGCUCAGCGCCGUUAAAAUGGAGGGACACGAACAUCCGGACUGGAGCGGCAGCAGCUACUACGGAGAGACCGAGUGUUACACCACAGCUGGAAACAUGAACUCCGGUCUGCACAUGAACUCCAUGAGCAGCUACAUGAACGCGCCUGGCAUGACCGGCACCGGCCACAUGAACGCGCAUUAUGUGAACCCGGUCGGUGUGAACCACACCUCGAUGCCCGCCGGGGUGUCUCAGAACCCCGGGACUAUGGUGCAGGCCGGGGCCGGGAUAACGGGCCUGGGCGCCACGCUGCAGCCCAGUAUGAGCCCCAUCAGCCCGCCGCCGUACGGGAACAUGCCGGUGAUGAGUCCGGCGUACGGUCAGGCCUGCGGCAUCAGAUCCAGGGAGCCCAAACCAUACCGGCGGAGCUACACGCACGCCAAGCCGCCGUACUCGUACAUCUCCCUGAUCACCAUGGCCAUCCAGCAGUCCGGCAGCAAGAUGCUGACGUUAAACGAGAUCUACCAGUGGAUCAUGGACCUGUUCCCGUUUUACCGGCAGAACCAGCAGCGGUGGCAAAACUCCAUCCGACACUCGCUCUCCUUUAACGACUGCUUCAUCAAGGUCCCCCGCUUACCGGACAAACCGGGGAAAGGCUCCUUCUGGGCCCUCCACCCAGACUCGGGGAACAUGUUUGAGAACGGCUGCUACCUCCGGCGGCAGAAGCGCUUCAAGUCCGGGAAACGGCCCGGUAAAGGGGACAAGGACGCGGCGGGGAAGCCGGGCUCGGAGGGCGGCUCGGUCACCACCGGCAGCAGCGGCUCCGACUCCCCGCACUCCUCCUCCGCUUCCCCUCCGUCCUCAGAUGUAAAGGCAGCCGGGGUCGACCUCAAGCGGCACCGGGAUGAACUGUUGCCCCCCAGUCCCGUGCGCGUGCCCUCCCCUCUUGCGCACAGCCAGCACGUGUUCUCUCACCACCACCACCACCCGCACCACCCGCUGCUGCUGCACGAGACCGCACACCUGAAACCGGACCAUUACCACCACCACCACCACCACUACUCCUUCAACCACCCGUUCUCCAUCAACAACCUCAUGUCCGAGCCGCAGCACCACAAACUGGAGCCGGUGGUGCAGUACGGAGGCUACGGCUGCCCGGUGUCCGGGGCGCUGGUGACGGCCAAAACCGGCCUGGAUCCCGCGCACACCGACACCAACUACUACGUGUACACCAGGCCCAUAAUGAACUCCUGAAGGACCGGACUUUUUAGAGAGGAAAUAUUUCUAAAUAUGAGAAGAGGCCCUUAAAGUGAAAAGGAUUUGCAUCCCACCCCCAAUAAUUCUUUAUUUGUCAUUUGUGUGUUUGUACAUGUGCAACAGAUAAAAGUCUUUAUAUGAAAA